AUGUUGAGCUCUUCUCCACCUUCAGAGGCAGCUGCAAGCACCAGAAAAAGGCCAGCUGUUGCUAUUCGUAAGAUCUCAAUCGACACUACCUCCAGCGACACACGUUCCGACUUUUCAGGACCAACGCUGGUGCGGUCCAACAGUGGUUCCUCAGCUCAACCGAAAGUCGUAUCGCCUCCUAUCAAGUCGAUGUAUCCAGAAUAUGACCCGAAUCUACCACUAUCACAACAGCGAUACUACCCGACUGAGAAUCUGCCUCGACCAAGCCUCGAGCGCAACGCAAGAUACCAUCAUCAGACUCUUGCAGAUAUGCCAUCACCUACUUCUCCGACGCCAGCUGCAGGUCUCUCGCAACUGCAAGCUUUAUGGAAUGCUGCUAAUGGUCAGAAUGGAGUCUUUCACUCGGAGAAGAUCAAGUUGACGAUGCACCGAGAUGAGAUUGGUGUUGGUUCAACAGCGACCGAAGUACGAUUUGGGUCACGAGAGGGCCGUACGCUCUAUUCUGUCUCUCCGUCGGAUGCUUCGAGUGAGCUUACAGUUCGCCGGCAUCAUCCUGCGAGAACUGUCAUUGUGCCUGUUGCUCAGUUGGAUGUGGCAGCUUUACAAAAGGAUGCGAAGCGCGAAACGACCAUCUUCCCUCAGCAAGCGGCACUCAAUGCAUUGGAGGCGGCGGCUACGACACAUAGAGCCAAUGCUAUUGCACAAUACGAUCCUCGAGCAUCGUCGCCGCAAGCUGCACAACUGGCAUUCGAUGCAGUAGCAGAAGCCAAGGCGCAUGAGUCGUGUCAACUCGUCCGGAUCCCUCUAGGCGUCAGCGCAUAUGGUGUCGAACAGUAUAGUUACGAGCUGCGACAUCCAUGUGCUGGGACUUUCGCAAUCUCGGUUGAUGGUCCAUUCGACUUUACAAAGAAGAGCAAUGCAAAAAUCACUUUGCAUCAGCCGGUUAAUGCCGACAAACCACUUGCAAAGUCUCCGAAGCUCGUCUGUCUCGACUUGAGUACAGAGACGUUGGAAGUUGAUGUGGCCUCAUUCAGAAGGCUACAGAGCAAGUACAUGAUCGACAGCGCGAUUUGUGCAGUUUUGGCUGCCGCNUUUGCCGAAAGCACAAUGACUGAGAUGAAGACAAAGGCAGAGACAUUCGCAGCACCGCCACUAGCAACAAGUUUGAAGAAGGAAGUCCAGAAAAGGACCAAGAAAAGCAGCUGGCGACGAAGCAGGAAGGAUGGCAAGAAAGGAGCGGCAGAUGAGGAGAAGCUUCCGAGCGUGACUCGAGGGAUAUUGUUCUUGCUUGGAUUUUCGUUUGAGGCUAUAGUAUGGCUGCUUGGAUUGGGGGUUAAGGUGUUGAGCAAAGUGGUUGUCUGUGCAAGUGGGAUUGUUAGCAAGAAGUGA